AUGAAUUUGAUUUCAUUAGUUGCCGGUUUGGCAAACCAAGGUGAUGACGAUAAAAAGACUAAAACCACAUCGAAAACCACCGUUUGGGUCACCAUUACUUCCAAGGGGAAGUUGGCUACCGUUUCUUCAAUCUACAGUCAAACUUUUGCCAAAGCAUACAGUUCAGCCACCGCUGAUGCCAAAUCCGGUGGGAUUGGAUUGGGUUCCAUCAGUGGAGAAGUUGGUAAAGUCAGAAGUUAUACCGAAACCACCAUCAAGCAAUCUAAUGCUGGCCAUGGCUUAUACAAAAAGGAAAAUGUUUACGGUGGUAUAUUUGGUGGAUUGGUUUUGUUAGGCGGUGCCCUUCUCUAGUUUUCAUUCAUAAACCUUCUAGUUCUACUCUUUGUAUAUUACUUUAAUGCUACUUGAUAAAAAGACCGGUACAU